AUGUCUGCUACUGAGAAACCCGCCAUGGAAAGCAAACCUAUUGAAGGUGAUCGCGAAAGCGUUGCCAAAGGCACCAUCAUCGGGGACGACCUCGAUGAUGCUAUCCUGAGAGCAAACGGUCAUAGACCUGACUUGAAGCGCCAGUUCAACUGGUUCUCUGCUCUUGGUCUCGGCUUCUCCAUCACCAACUCCUGGGCCGGAUACAUUAGCAACUUUGGCCAGAGCCUCAUCUAUGGGGGUCCCCAGGUCUGCAUUCUGGCACUCGUUGUCGCCUGGGUUGUGCAGUUCCUAAUCACCCUUGGUCUGAGCGAGAUCGCCUCCGCGUUUCCGUCCACCGGUGGCCAGUACCACUUUUGCUAUAUUCUCAGCCCCGAGAAGACCAAGCGAUUCACCGCCUUCACUAUUGGAUGGAUGUCUACCCUUGCUUGGUGGGUUGUGACUUGCUCUGGAAUCUCGCUUGCUGCUGCUGUGCUCGGUGGAAUGAUCAGCUUUGUUCACCCCGAGUUUGUGGCUACCAGCUGGCAAAUCUACCUGUUCUACGUUGCCGUGGCAUUCAUCACAGGUACUCUCCGACUGCCCCCAACUCCCAGAACAGAUCCUGACGUGCCGUUAGUUGUACCGGUGUUUGUUGCCUCGAAACGCAUAGCGAUCAUGGUUCAGUUCACUCUCUUUUGCUCCAUUUUUGGAAUGUUGUUGUUCCUUUUCGUCCCCACGGGGAUGCACAAGCACACAAACGAUGCCUCAUUCCUCGUCCAGUCUGGCUUGGGAGUGAGCGGCUGGAACUCGGGCACAGCCUGGGUCUUGGGCAUUACAAACUGCAUGUAUGCUUUUGGUGCCACUGACGGAGCCAUCCACAUUAGCGAGGAGAUGUCGCACCCUGGAAGAAGAGUGCCACAGGUCAUCAUCAUGACUAUGUUUAUCGGCCUGCUCACUAGCCUGCCUCUCUUUAUUGCCUUAAUGUUCUUCAUGACGGACUUGGAUGCUGUCCGACACUCGCCACUUCCUAGCAUGGAGAUCAUUUACCAAGCCACCGGAAACCGCAACGUUACCAUUGGCCUUGAAGCACUCCUUCUCGUUGUCUACAUCUUUUCUCUCCCCUCUCAGUGGGUUACCUGUGGCCGUAUUGCUUGGGCCUUGGCUCGUGAUAACGGCAUCCCUUACUCCCACUACUUUUCCAAGGUUGACCGAAAACUCGAGUUCCCCGUCCGAACAACCAUCAUGGCUUUCAUCUUCACUCUGAUCUACGGCCUGCUCUAUCUCGCUUCGACCAGCGCCUUCAACUCGAUUAUUACAUCGGCUGUUCUGUUCUUGAACAUUACAUAUGCUGUCCCUCAGGGAAUUCUGCUUACUCAAGGUCGCAAAGAGCAUUUGCCCCCACGAUAUCUGAACCUGGGUGUCCUCGGAUACGUCUGCAACACAUUCUCUAUCCUUUGGAUCGUGGUUUUGGGAGUCUUUGUGUGCAUGCCGCCUACUUUGCCCGUCACGACCGAGACCAUGAACUACAUCAGCGUUGUUACCGUUGGCCUAUUUUCCAUUAUUAUCGGUCUCUGGUUUUUCGAGGGCAGGAAGAAGUUUGAGGGACCUCAUAUCGACUGGGAAAUGAUCAAGGAGGCCAAUCUUCAAAUGCUCAAGGGAGAGAACCACCAGGUUUAG